UUCCUAUAAAAAGGAAAACCCUCCCCUCGUCUCUCUCUUUCUCGCUUGGAUCGCUCUCCUUCCGCCGCCGCCGCCACGCCGCCCGCACGCCAUCCCAUCGGACUCGAGCAGAUCGGAGGGAGAUCUUCCUUCUCUCGCUCUUCCAGAAUGCGUAUCUUUGUCAAGACCCCCACCGGCAGGACAAUAUGCCUCGAGGUCCACUCAUCAGACACCCUGUACACCGUCAAGGCAAAGAUCCAGCAGCAGUACCACCUCGUCUUUGAUGGGGUGCAGCUAGAAGACAACCGUACAUUGGCCGAUUAUGGCAUCCAACAUGACUCUAUGAUUGACCUCCAGGAAAAGAUGCAAAUCUACGUGACGGAGACGUGGGGAGGCAGGACCAUCACCCUUGAGGUCGACAGCCUAGACACCAUUGGUAACGUGAAGUCCAAGAUCCAGUACAUGGAUGGAUUUCCCAAGAGCCAGCAGUGCCUCAUCUUUGCCAACAAACAGCUGGAGGACGAUAACCGCACCUUGGCUGACCACAACAUCUGGAAGGAGUCCACCCUCCUCCUUGUCCUCCGCUCGUGUAGGCCAGGAGAAAGUAGAAUGAUGCGCAUCUUCGUGAAGACGCUGACUGGAAAGACCAUCACUCUUGAGGUUGAGAGCUUGUAUACCAUCGACAAUGUCAAGGUGAAAAUCUACGAGAAAGAUGGCACUCCCCCUAUACAGCAGCGCAUCAUCUUUGCUGGCAGGCAGCUGGAGGAUGGCCGCACCCUGGCGGACUACAAGAUUCACAACGAGGAUACCCUUCAUUUGGUGCUCCGCCAAUGUGGAGGAAUGCACAUCUUUGUCAAGAAUCCCGCCGGCAGGAAAAUCUGCCUCAGGGGGGUCCACUUGUCAGACACCCUUUACACCAUCAAGGCAAAGAUUCAGGAGCGGUACCGCCUUGUCUUUGAUGGGGUGCAGCUGGAAGACAACCGUACACUGGCGGAUUACGGCAUCCAGCAUGAUUUUACGCUUGACCUCCAAGAAAAGAUGCAAAUCUUCGUGACAGAGACGCUAGAAGGCAGGACCAUCACUCUCGAGGUAGACAGCCUAGACACCAUUGACAACGUGAAGGCUAAGAUCGAAGACAUUGAGGGCUUUCCGAAGGUCCAGCAGUGCCUCAUCUUUGCCAACAAACAGCUGGAGGACGGCAAGCUCACCUUGGCUGACCACAACAUUUGUAAAGGGUCCACUCUUCUCCUCAUCCUCCUCCCCUGUAUUCCAACUGUUCUGAUGCUAAUCUUUGUAAAGACACCGGAAGGGAAGGUCCUCACCCUUGAGGUUGGGAGCUCGGACACUGUCGACAGUGUCAAGGUGAAGAUCUAUGAGAAGGAUGGCACUAGCCCUAGACAGCAGCGCCUCAUCUUUGCUGGCAAGCAGCUGGAGGACCACCGCACCCUGGCGGACUACAACAUUCAGAGCGAUUCUACCCUUCAUUUGGUGUUCCGCCUUUGUGGGGGAAUGCGUAUCUUUGUCAAGACCCCCACCGGCAGGACAAUCUGCCUCAAGGUCCACUCAUCAGACACCCUGUACACCGUCAAGGCAAAGAUCCAGCAGCAGUACCGCCUCUUCUUCGAUGGGGUGCAGCUAGAAGACAACUGUACAUUGGCCGACUAUGGCAUCCAGCAUGACUCUACGAUUGACCUCCAGGAAAAGAUUCAAAUCUACGUGACGGAGACGCGGGCAGGCAGGACUAUCACCCUUGAGGUCGACAGCCUAGACACCAUCGGUAACGUGAAGUCCCAGAUCCAGGACAUGGAGGGAUUUCCCAAGGGCCAGCAGUGCCUCAUCUUCGCCAACAAACAACUGGAGGACGACAACCGCACCUUGGCUGACCACAACAUCUGGAAGGAGUCCACCCUCCUCCUCGUCCUCCGCCCGCGUAGGCCAGGAGAAAGUAGGAUGAUGCACAUCUUUGUCAAGACUCUGAAAGGGAAGACCCUCACCCUUGAGGUUGAGAGCUCGUAUACCAUCGAGAAUGUCAAGGUGAAGAUCUAUGAGCAGGACGGCACUCCCCCUAUGCAGCAGGUCAUCAUCUUUGAGGGCAUGCGUCUGCAAGAAGACCGCACCCUGGCGGACUACGAUGUUCCGAGAGAAUCUACCGUUUAUAUGGUGAAACACCAAUGUGGAGGAAUGCACAUCUUUGUCAAGAAUCCCGCCGGCAGGAAAAUCUGUCUCAGGGGGGUCCACUUGUCAGAUACCCUUUACACCAUCAAGGCAAAGAUUCAGGAGCGGUACCGCCUCGUCUUGGACGGGGUGAAGCUGGAAGACAGCCGUACAUUGGCGGAUUAUGGCAUCCAGCAUGAUUCCACGCUUGACCUCCAAGAAAAGAUGCAAAUCUUCAUGACGGAGACACUAGAAGGCAGGACCAUCACUCUCGAGGUCGACAGCCUAGACACCAUUGACAACGUGAAGGCUAAGAUCGAAGACAUUGAGGGCUUUCCCAAGGUCCAGCAGUGCCUCAUCUUUGCCAACAAACAGCUGGUGGACGGCAAGCUCACCUUGGCUGACCACAACAUUGGUAAAGGGUCCACUCUUCUCCUCAUCCUCCUCCCGUGCAAUCCAACUGUUGUGAUGAAAAUAUUUGUGAAGAUGCCUGAAGGGAAUAUCAUCUCCCUUAAAGUUGGGAGCUCGGACACUGUCGAUAGUGUCAAGGUGAAGAUCUACGAGAAGAACGGUAUUCCCCCUAGACAGCAUCGCCUCAUCUUUCAUGGCAAGCAGCUGGAGGACCACCGCACCCUGGCCGACUACAACAUUGAGAAGUUUUCUACCUUUCAUCUGGUGGGACGUCUUUGUGGCGGAAUGCGUAUCUUUGUGAAGACCCCCACCGGCAGCACAAUCUGCCUCAAGGUCCACUCAUCAGACACCCUGUACACUGUCAAGGCAAAGAUCCAGCAGCAGUACCGCCUCUUCUUCGAUGGGGUGCAGCUAGAGGACAACCGUACAUUGGCCGAUUAUGGCAUCCAGCAUGACUCUACGAUUGACCUCCAGGAAAAGAUGCAAAUCUACGUGACAGAGACGCGGGCAGGCAGGACCAUCACCCUUGAGGUUGACAGCCUAGACACCAUCAGUAACGUGAAGUCCAAGAUCCAGGACAUGGAGGGCUUUCCCAAGGGCCAGCAGUGCCUCAUCUUUGCCAACAAGCAACUGGAGGACGACAAGCGCACCUUGGCUGACCACAACAUCUGGAAGGAGUCCACCCUCCUCCUCGUCCUCCGCCCCUGUAGGCCAGGAGCAAGUAGGAUGAUGCACAUCUUUGUCAAGCCUCUGAAAGGGAAGACCCUCACCCUUGAGGUUGAGAGCUCGUAUACCAUCGACAAUGUCAAGGUGAAGAUCUACGAGCAGAAAGGCACUUGCCCUAGCCAGCAGCGCCUCAUCUUUGCUGGCAAGCAGCUGGAGGACGGCCGCACCCUGGCGGACUACAACAUUCAGAGCGAGAACACCGUUCAUUUGGUGUACCGCCUUUGUGGAGGAAUGCACAUCUUUGUCAAGAAUCUUGCCGGCAGGAAAAUCUGUCUCAGAGGGGUCCACUUGACAGACACCGUUUACACCAUCAAGGCAAAGAUCCAGGAGCAGUACCGCCUCAUCUUCGACGGGGUGCAGCUGGAAGACAGCCGUACAUUGGCUGAUUAUGGCAUCAAGCAUGAUUCCACGCUUGACCUCCAAGAAAAGAUGCAAAUCUUCGUGACGGAGACGCUGAAAGGAAGGACCAUCACUCUUGAGGUCGACAGCCUAGACACCAUUGACAAGGUGAAGGCCAAGAUCGAAGACAUUGAGAGGUUUCCCAAGGUCCAGCAGUGCCUCAUCUUUGUCAACAAACAGCUAGAGGACGACAGGCGCACCUUGGCUGACCACAACAUUUCGAAAGGGUCCACUCUUCUCCUCAUACUCCUCCCGUGUAGGCCAGGAGAAAGUAGGAUGAUCCAAAUCUUUGUCAAGUCCCUGGACGGGAAGACCCUGACCCUUGAGGUCGGGAGCUCGGACACUAUCAACAGUGUCAAGGUGAAGAUCUAUGAGAAAGAGUCCAUUCCACCUAGACAGCAGCGCAUCCUCUUUCGUGGCGAGCAGCUGGAGGACCAGCGCACCCUGGCGGACUACAAGAUUCAAAGCGAGUCUACCAUCACUCUGGUGCUCCGCCUUUGUGGUAGGAUGACGCACAUCUUUGUCAAAACUCUAUACGGGAAGACCCUCACCCUUGAGGUUGAGAGCUAUGAUACCAUCGAGAAUGUCAAGGUGAAGUUCUACGAGCAGGAAGGUACUCCCCCUGUGCAGCAGUGAAUCAUCUUUGAUGGCAAGUAGCUGCAGGAAGACCGCACCCUGGCGGACUACAACAUUAAGAGAGAACCUACCCUCCACCUUUGGUCCCGGUUGAGAGGUGGGUUGCACAUCUUUGUCAAGAAUCCCGCCGGCAGGAAAAUCUGUCUCAGGGGGGUCCACUUGUCAGACACCCUUUACACCAUCAAGGCAAAGAUCCAGGAGCGGUACCGCCUCAUCUUCGACGGGGUGCAGCUGGAAGACAACCGUACAUUGGCGGAUUACGGCAUCCAGCAUGAUUCCACGCUUGACCUCCAAGAAAAGAUGCAAAUCUUUGUGACAGAGACACUAGAAGGCAGGACCAUCACUCUCGAGGUCGACAGCCUAGACACCAUUGACAAUGUGAAGGCUAAGAUCGAAGACAUUGAGGGCUUUCCCAAGGUCCAGCAGUGCCUCAUCUUUGCUAACAAACAGCUGGAGGACGGCAAACUCACCUUGGCUGACCACAACAUUUGUAAAGGGUCCACUCUUCUCCUCACACUCCUCCCAUGCAGUCCAACUGUUGUGAUGAAAAUAUAUGUGAAGAUGCUGCCAGGAAACACCAUCACCCUUGAGGUUGGGCGCUCGGACACUGUUGGCAGUGUGAAGGUGAAGCUCUACGAGCUGGACGGUAUGCCCCUAGACAGCAACGCCUCAUCUUUGCUCGCAAGCAGCUUGAGGACCACCGCACCCUGGCGGACUACAACGUUCAGAAAGAAGCUACCUUUCAUCUGGUGGGACGUCUUUGUGGCUGUUGAGAUGCGUGGCCUGCCAUCGAACAACAAGUUCAUGUUUGCUGCAGUCGGUUUUCCAGUGGUGGUGUAUUAUCAUCAUUGUAGUUCCUUAGUAGUGGUGUUUUAUCAGUAGAACUGUCAUUCUAGUACGCGAGUGGUUUUUAUCUAUCGAGGAAAGAACAUACUAUUAA